CAUGGAGCGCUUGCCGCGUCGAAAUACAGGCUCAUUUCGCACACCAUUCACCAACGCCUCCUCGACGCCGCAUACCUGCCAACGGUCCUCCGCUCCAUCCGCGCCGCUCUCUUCCCCAACAACGCCCCCGGCGUCUCGACCUUGGUGGCCCCCUCAUCCGACGAGGAGCUGCGUGCCUUGCGCCGCAGGUGCGCUAGCGCCAUGCUGGCCAAAAUCCCGCCCUGGUUGGCUGGUCUGUAUCUAGGCGGGCGAGGUCUUGGUUUCCGGUGGCGGUCCGGACCGGAGUCGAAGCCUGGUGCUGAUGCUACUGCGUCCAUGAGCGAGAGCGAGGCCGGUGUUCCUAGCAAGGAUGGGACCCGUAACGGUGACGAAACUAAUGAUGUAGGUAAUGGCAGCAAAGAGGACGAGGACGAGGAUCAGCAGCGAAUGCUGUCCGAAAUCGAAGAGGGCAUACUGGACAUCUUUUCCGACGAGUACUGCAACAAGCACCUAGUGUACAGCAUACUGGAGCUGAUUCUGGUGAGGUUGAUGCCGGAGCUGGCGGAGAAGGGCGUCGUUGAGCUCUGGGAGGAGCGUCUUAGUCUGUGA